CUACCCUGUUCCUUGUCACUGUCAAGCAAACAGAGUCCUUCUUUCCUCUUCUUCUUCCUCUGCGGUCUUCUCAAUGUGGGGGAGAAAAAAUUGGUGGGGUCUGUUUCUUUUUUGUUGGACUUUUUCUGGGUUCAUUGGAAUGUGGACAGAACAGAGCAGAGAGAUAAAGAGAUAGAGAUAGAUAGAGAGAGACAGAUAGGGGUGGGGGGACUGUCACGAAAAGCUUUGAACGGGGAAAGAGAGAAAAGAGUAGGGAUUGAUUGAUUGUUUGUUUCCUCCCUGCGAAACUCAGCUGAUGUCCUCAGUGUGGUCCUCCUUUCCGGGUUCAUGAACACAGGUCUUACUUAUUCAUUGGCUUUACUAGUUCAGAAGACCAUGAACCUUUGCAAUUGAGGGUCAUCUGGAAUGGAGAAGGUUGAGAAGACAUUAGAUUUUUCCCAAGAGGGUGACGACAUUGUGACCCCAAAGACUUCAUCGAACUCCAUCGAGACUGUUUCUGACCAGAAUGUGGAGAUUGAGAAGAGAGAGAACCAAUUGAAAGGCGGAGAAGCAAAGGUUUCUCUCUGCAAUGAUGGACCUUUGAGUAAGCACCCUCAACUAGAUGCUCUUUGCAUGAAAUCCUCGGAAACAAAUGGCACAAAUGGCCCCAAGGAUGGUGAAGGAUCUGAAUAUUCCUCGUUGAAGAAUGAGGUUGACUCUAGGAUUCCUCGCCUCAAGCGUGAAAUAAAAAACAGUACAAUAGAUGGAAAAAUGAACAUAUUUGGGCAACCUAAGAGCGAGUCUUCCUCCUCCAAUUCGACAAAUUUUGUUGUUCCUGCUUCUUCUAAUGACAGCUACCAGGAAUCGGCAGUAGAAGCUAGAACAGUCAAUGGCGGUAACACUAAUAAUACAAACAGUAGCAGCAUGAGUUCCACUUGCACUGACUUAGGCUACAGCUCCAUCGAAAUUAAGGUCCCCAAUAAGGAAUCAGGGUUUACUACUGAAAGAAAGCCCUCAAGAGAGAAGCUUGCUGAUGCUCUCAAAUUCAUUCCUUCCAAGAAGAGGAGUUUGGAGCUUGCAAAGGAGGAAUCCUUUGCAGACACAAACUUGAAGGUGGUUUCACGGGUGAAUGAAGGUCAUCAUGAUGUGGAAGAAAAAGAGCAGAGCACUCUUUCUGGAAUUGAUCUCAAUGAAGACACAACUUGGACAAAUGAGGUGGAGCAAGGGAACGCUGCUUUUAGUGUAAAGCAUGUGAGAAAGCCAAUAGCGGUUUUUGCGAGAUGUGGAGGACAGUCAACUCCUGAAGUCGGGUUUAAAGGGCUAGGAAAAGGUGGGUGGAAGGGAUCGGCUUCAACAACUAGUGCUUUUCGGGCAACUUCCCUUUUUAAGGCUGGCGAUCUUUCAGGAGAUAAACAGGUUGGAGGGAUUGACCUGAAUGUUGAUGCAGCUGGAGUCGAGAACGAGAUACCAAACUGGAAUGACACCUAUGGAAAAGCAAGUCCGAUGCUGAAGAAGUUCAGUAUAGACCUCAAUGUUGCCAGCGAAAAUGACGAGAACUUUCAAUCUUCAGGAACGGUGAGAGACUUUGAUUUGAAUGAUGAUCUAACAGCUUCAGAUUCCUAUGUACAAGAAGGAAACCAACUGUCAUCCGGAAAGGAGGCAAAAAAUGAUCAGGAAACCUAUUUCAUAAGGAAUGCUGGGGGGCCUGAGCCUCACUAUGUGGGUCCAAUGUUCUUGCCUCGCUUGACUUCUGUGCCCUUUGUUCUUCGAGUUCCUGAACAAGCAGAGAACGCCAGUCGAGCUUUUCCAUUCCAUAGAUCGGCUUGUGUUGACCCCCAAAGUCCUGUUUUCUCACUGACUAGUUCUCUAAAUGUUCCUCUCCACCCGGCGCACCUUAAUGGAAUCCCCGCCUUUCAUGGAGGCCCUCUAGUCGAAGUUCCCAAUGGACCAGGUCCUCACAAUGUGAUGAAAAUAGGACCCCUGUACAAUCCUUAUAAUGGAAUGAAUCCUCUGGAGAAUGCAAGCUUGGAAGGGUCUGGCAUGCAGGUGUUCACUACUCCUAUGCAUCCGAUGAUUGGACAGCAACUGAAUGAUUUCCGACGUGGAGGUUUGCCCUCUCUCACACCCAUGAAGAGGAGAGAACCAGAAGUGAGGUGGGGUUCUCAUUAGACAAAAUCAUCUGAAUUUUAGCUGCCGAGUUGCAGUUCGUGAUAUCAAUUUUCUUGCCAAGUAUGGUAAAGGUCUUUUAUUCCAACAGCAUUUUGAUUAGUUAGCAUGACUCGAUGAAUUACAGUUUAUGUCCUGUUGCUUAUCUUUCUUCCAUCUUCGUAUGCCGUGAAUUUUGAAUUUGUCAUAGGCCUCUGUAAAUGCUCAGUCUGUUUCCAAUUAUCAGUCAUUGUACAAAGAUUUAGCCAAGGAGGGGAUAAAGACUAUCUUUUCUAUGAAUUUCCGAAGGUAGAGAUGCAUUGAAUGUUC